AUGGCGGAACCCGAAGAGGACUUUAGUUCCUUGCCGCUGCCCGACCGAUUUGUGCACAAGGCCUACGAAGACGCCGCGAAGCAGUUUGAGCGCACGCCCGACGAGUCCGACCCAGCCUUCCGACCGUUCCUGCAGGAUGCGAGCCUGUGGAAGGGCGCCGUCGCCGACUCCAAUGUCGCCGCCCAGCAGGACGGCAUCGCCGCCCUCGUCGCGUUCCUGCAGUACGGCGGCCGCGAGAACAGCGUCCGCACCCGCAGCGCGACCGUCAGCAGCCUCGUCGAAAAGGGCCUGUCGUCGACGCGCGCCGCCACCAAGGCCUCGGCGCUCGAGGCGCUGCUGCAGUACAUUGAGCUCGACGUCGCCGCGCCCGUCGUCGAGGACAUGCUGCCGUCCCUGGCCGCGAAGCAGCCCAAGGUCGUGGCCGCGUGCCUGGCGGCGCUGACGGCCAUCUACCACGCGUACGGCUGCAAGAUUGUCGACCCCAAGCCCGUGCUCAAGCUGCUGCCCAAGGCCUUUGGCCACGCCGACAAGAACGUGCGCGCCGAGGCGACCAAGCUGGCCGUCGAGUUCUACCGCUGGCUGCGCGAGGCCAUGAAGCCCAUGUUCUGGGGCGACCUGAAGCCGACGCAGCAGGCCGAGCUCGACGCCCAGUUCGAGGCCAUCAAGGCCGCCAACGACGUGCCCAAGCAGGAACGGCUGCUGCGCACACAGCAGGCGGCGCGCGAGGUCGCGGCCGCGUCGGGUGGCGGCGCCGGCGAGAUGGACGACGACGGCGGUGCGGGCGACGGCGGCGGCGGCGACGACCCGGGCGAGGUGGACGCGUUCGACCUGGCGGAGCCGCAGGACGUGCUGAAAAAGAUACCGGGCGACUUCAGCGAGAAGCUGGCGUCGUCCAAGUGGAAGGACCGCAAGGAGGCCGUCGAGGCGCUGUAUGCCGUGCUCAACGUGCCGCGCAUCAAGGACGGCGACUUUGGCGAGGUCAACCGCGGGCUGGCCAAGUGCAUGAAGGACGCCAACGUGGCCGUCGUCACGCAGGCGGCGCAGUGCAUCGAGGUCCUCGCCAAGGGCCUGCGCAAGGGCUACGGCAAGUACCGCUCGGUGGUCAUGCAGCCCAUCCUGGAGCGGCUCAAGGAGAAGAAGCAGGCGGUGGCCGACGCGCUGGGCGCCGCGCUCGACCAGGUGUUUCUGGCGACCGAUCUGAGCGAGUGCCUCGAGGACAUCACCACCUUCUUGUCGCACAAGAACCCGCAGGUCAAGGAGGGCACCAUGCGCUUCCUGAUCCGGUGUCUGCGCACGACGCGGACCGUGCCGAGCAAACAGGAGAUUGCCACCAUUGUGGAGGCGGCCAAGAAGCUGCUGGCCGAGGGCAGCGAGGGCCUGCGGUCGGGCGGCGCCGAGGUCUUGGGCACCGUGAUGAAGAUUAUCGGCGAGCGCGGCAUGAACCCGCACCUCGAGGGCCUCGACGACAUCCGCAAGACCAAGAUCAAGGAGUUUUACGAGACCGCCGAGGUCAAGGCCAAGGAGAGGCCCAAGGCAGUGGCCCCGCCCCCCGCACAACGGGCACCGGGCGGCCCGCCCAAGAAGGUCAUGGGUGGCGGCCUCAAGAAGGGCCCCUCACCACUGAAGAAGGCGGCGCCGGCAGCGGCCGCAGCUGCGGCGAGAGACGAGCCAGCACCAGCACCAGCAGCGGCGGCACCACCACGGCCCGCCGGCGGCAAGCUGGGCAUGCCAAAACCGUCCGGUCUCGGCGGCAUGAAGCCGCCAACAAAGCGCACGCUGGCCGGCCCCGGCCCCCUGUCACCACGCCGCGUCGCUGCGCCCCCGCCCGCCCCUGCCUCGCCACCCCUCGACUACGACGAACCCGAACCUGCCCCGACAACGCCGGCCCCACAACCGCGCGUCGGCCUCGGCCGGCCGGGCCUCGCAGCACGGUCACUGGCCAAGCCGUCCGCUCUCGCAGCGGCCCCCGCCGCCGCGCCGCCGUCGCCCACACCCCAAAUGUCCGGCCUGAUGGCCGUCGAACGUGCCGAGCUCGAAGAGCUGCGGCUGGCCAACGACCGUUUGCUGCGCAACGCGGACGAGUCGCGGCAAGAGCGCGCCCGCUUCCUGUCCGAGAUCCAGGAGCUCAAGAACCAGAACGCGGGCCUGAUCGAGGACCACACGCGCAACAUGCUGAGCAUCAAGGCCAAGGAGACGCAGCUCGUGCGCGCCCGCAGCGACGCCGAGGCUGCUGAGCAGACCAACGAGCGCCUGCGCCGCGAGCUGGACCGGCUGAAGCGCGCUCUCAACAAGGCCGAGGCGGCCCUGGUCAACGGCGCGGGUGUCGGUGCGGGCACGAGUGCCUCCGUAGGCAGCCCCAGUCCGGGCCCCGGUGCCGGUCCCGGCUUUGCCUCGCCCACCCACGACGAUGCCGGCAUCUACCGCGACGGCGCCUACCCGACGAGCGCCAGCCGCAACCGCAUCAGCUACGCGAGCACCAUGUCUGAGGAGAAGGAGAACGGCGAGCUGGCCGCCGCCUACCCGCGGAGCAAGCUGAGCCCGGAUCUGCGGUACGGCGGAGGCUCCAGUGGACGCGGCAGCCCGGCCCGCGGGUUCCGGCGGGAUCUGGCGUCGGGCACAGACGACAUUCACGUCGGUCCGCCGAGUGCAGGCGGCGGCCGGUUUGGCAUGGGCGGUAGUGCUGGCAGCGGAGGUGGUGGUAGUGGUGGUGGUGGUGACCGUGGCAGCACGGGCAGCCUUGGCGGCGUAUCAUCGUCCGGCGGCGGCGGCAGCGGCGGCGCUGUGGCUGGGCAGGAGAGCUGGAAACGGGCAGCCGAGGUGACUAACCAGCUCAAGGCACGGAUCGAGCAGAUGAAGGCCAAGCAAGGGAUCAAGCGAGGGUGA